AUGCUGGUGGCGGCAUUAAGACGCAGAGGGACAGCAUGGCUGGCGCAGCUGGCGGAGCUGGCGCCAGCCGCCGGCCGCGGCCUGCUCAUGGGCGGCAGCCUGAGCAGCGGCGGCGGGGUCAACGCUGGGCGCCGCGCCCUGGCCAGCACGGCAGCCAGCGCUGCAGCCAACGCACCUGCCGCAGCCGGCGCUGCCGCGACCGGCAGUGCCGCGGCGGCGGCCAAGGCGACGAGGAAGCAGGGCGCGGCUGGGGCUGCCAGGCAGGGCCCAACGGUGCUGCUGGUUGAGUCGCCCGCAAAGGCGCGGAAGAUCCAAGACUUCCUUGGGCCAGACUACAAGGUGCUGGCCAGUUACGGCCACAUCCGGGACCUGCCCGCCAGGGGCGGCUCGGUGGAUCCCGACUCAGGGUUUGCCAUGAAGUGGCAGGUGCUGGGCGCGGCAGAGGCGCGGCUGCCGGCCAUCGCGUCGGCGGUACGGCAGGCGUCCCGCCUGGUGCUGGCCACCGACCCGGACCGAGAGGGGGAGGCCAUCAGCUGGCACCUGGUGCAGGAGCUGCAGGGGCGGCGCGCCAUACUCGAGAGCACCACCACGCAGCGCAUCACUUUCACAGAGGUCACCAAGCGCGCGGUGCUGGAGGCGCUGCAGCGGCCGCGCGACAUCUCCGAGCCACUGGUUCACGCCUACAUGGCACGCAGGGCGCUGGACUAUCUGUUUGGCUUCCACCUGUCGCCCAUGCUGUGGCGCAAGGUGCCCGGCGCGCGGUCGGCAGGCAGGGUGCAGUCUGUGGCGCUGCGCCUGGUGUGCGAGCGGGAGGCGGCCAUUGAUGCGUUCCAGCAGCACAAGUACUAUACGGUGGAAGCCGACCUGCAGCUGCCCGGCGGCAGCACCAUACAGGCGCGGCUGGCUGGCGUGGAUGGCGCGUCGCCGCCCCAGCCGGGCUUCCCCGACCAGCAGGCGGCGGCAGCAGUGGCGGCGCGGGUGGCGGCAGCGCGGUUCACCGUGCGCGAGGCCAGCAGCAGGGAGCAGCAGCGGCAGCCGCCGCCCCCCUUCACCACCAGCACGCUGCAGCAGGAGGCAAACAAGCGGCUGGGCCUGGGUGCCAGCCGCACGAUGCAGCUGGCGCAGCAGCUCUACGAAUCUGGCCACAUCUCGUACAUGCGCACCGACGGCGUCAGCCUGGCGCCCGCCGCCGUGGAGGCGCUGCGGCAGGCGGCGGCGGCUGAGCACGGGGCGCAGUAUGUGGCGGCGGAGGCGCGAGUGUACCGGUCCAGGAGCAAGAAUGCGCAGGAGGCGCACGAGGCCAUCCGCCCCACCGACCCGCUGCUUACCGCCGAGCAGCUGGCUGAGCAGGGCGUGGAGCGCCCCGCUGCCAAGCUGUACGGGUGGGUGGCGGUGGCCGCUGAUCUGGCCAGCGAGGACGACGGCCUGCAGCUGCGUGCCACCGCCAGCGCCAGCGCCUUCCCCGGCUUCCUGGCCGCUUACUUUGACCCCGCUGCCAUCUCUGCUGCUGCCGACGGCGGUAAAGCGGAGGAUGAGGCAGGGGCGGCGCAGGCUGAGGAGGAGGGCGAGGGCGAGGGCGAGGGCGAGGGCGCCGCCGUCUCCUCCAGGCGGCGGGCGCAGCAGGAGGCGGCGCGGGCCGCCGCCGUGGCGGGCCUGGCAGCCAUCCGGCGCGGGCAGGAGGUGGGGGUGAGCGAGGCGGCGGCCUCUGAGCACGAGACGCGCCCGCCGGCGCGCUACACAGAAGGCAGCCUUGUGAAGCACCUGGAGGAGCUGGGCAUUGGGCGGCCCAGCACCUACGCACCCACCAUCAACGCGCGCGGGUAUGUGCGCAAGGAGGGGCGGGCGCUGCAUGCCGAGGCGCUGGGCCGCGUGCUCACCGCCUUCCUGCAGGCAUACUUCCCUCAGUAUGUCGACUUUGGGUUCACAAGCAGCCUGGAGGAGCAGCUGGAUGAGGUGUCGGGGGGCGGCACAGAGUGGCAGGAUGUGCUGCGCGGGUUCUGGGCUCCCUUCACCGACACGCUCGACCACGUGGGGGGCGUGCCGGUGACACAUGUGAUCGACAGGAUGAAUGAGAUGGUGGGGGAUCAGCUGAUUGGGGAGGACCGCACCUGCCCCUCCUGCGGCGGCCAGCUGUCCAUCAAGUUUGUGUCCAAGUCCAAAGUGCCUCCCUUUGUUGGCUGCUCCCUGUACCCAAGCUGCAAGUACAGCCGCCCUAUCCAAGUGGACUGGACGGUGGAGGAGCCGGCCGUCAAGAAGGGCACCAUGGGCGAGGGCGAGGAGCAGAUGCAGGCGGAGAAGGGGGUCGCGCUGACCGGCCUCUCGGGCUAUGCCCGCCUGCUGGGCGACGACCCUUCCUCGGGCAUGCCAGUGUUUGUGCGGGCGGGGCUGUACGGGCCCUACGUACAGCGCGGUAACAACGAGGAGGAGCAGGGCUUCCGGCGCCAGGCGCUGCCACGGCUGCAGCACAUGCAGCACAAGGUGGUGACGCUUGCCUUGGCCCUGGAGAUGCUGGCCCUGCCGAAAGACCUGGGCCUCAACCCGGCCACAGGCGAGAGCGUGCUGGUGUCAAUGGGCAAGUUUGGGCCCUUCAUCCGCUGCGGGGCCCUGUCGCGCGCCGUGCCCAAGGAGUACGACCCUCUGAAGCUGUCGCUGCCAGACGCGCUGCAGCUGCUGGCCGGCAAGACUAUCUACUCCACUGGACGUGCCGCCCGCAAGGUGGCGGCGGCGCUGGCUGGGCCGCCGAAUGGCGCGGCGGCGACGGGGAAGGGCGAGGUGCGCAGGCGCAGGGGCAGGCCGCGGCGCGUCGACGAGCUGGCGGCGGCGGUGGUGGCGGCCGUGGCGACGGGGGAGGCGCGGCCAGAGGCUGGGGAGGAGGCGGGGCUGCUGGAUGGGGACGACGUGGACAGCGCGGCGCACAAGGCGCAGGUGGCCCGCCUGGGGGCGCGCAUCGCGCUGGAUGCGGCGGCAGAGGUGGAGGUGGAGCAGCUCAAGGCGGCGCUGAAGUUGACCGAUGGGCCUGCCAUGGCCGCAGCACGGGCUGCCGCCGCCAGCAAGCCGAGGAACUACAAGCGCGGGCCCAGCGCUUACACGCUGUACUUCCGAAGCGUGAUGCAAGAGGCGGAGCGCACGGGUGACAAGUGGUGGCGGGCCCCCGGCCGCAACCUGGCAAAGGAGGUGGGGGCGCAGUGGACGCGCAUGUCGCCCGAGGAGCGGCGGCCGUACGAGGAGCAGGCGACGAACGAGCAGCUGCAGGCAGCGGCGCUGGAGCACGGCCUGCUGCCUGAGGGCACGGAGGUGGCGACGCUGGCGCCAGCUCAGCGUGCUGAGCUGGAGGCUGAGGUGGCACAGCGCGACGCGCGCGGCAUCAGCCUGGACGAGACGCUGCAGAAGAAGCGUGAGCCCCGCCGCAUGGCCUGGCUGGCUGUGAACCUGCCGCGCCCCCCAACCGCCUACAACCUCUUCACCAAUGCCCACAUCCAUCAGGCCAGGCAGGGGCUGGGGCCCGCGCCGGCAGGCUCCGAAAUCAUGCUGCGGCUGUCGGAGAUGUGGCGGUCUGCCACCAUCCUGGAGAAGUCUGAGUUCAAGCUGGAGGCGGAGGAGGAGCUGCGGGCGUACAAGGAAGCCAAGGCCCAGCUGUCGCAGCAGCAGCAGGCGGCCGUGGCGGCCGCGCUUGCGGAGGGCCUGCCGCCGGUGGCGGCGGCGCGGGCGGGCAUGCUGGCGGGGCAGGCGUUGAUAGAGGAGUACCUGCGGCAGCGCGCAAAGCGCGUCGCGAGGGUCGCCGCCAAGAAGGCAGCCACCAAGGGCAGCUAG